AUGUCCCCCUUUUCCUUCCGUCGCCCUCGCGAUAACCCUUCCCCCUCCCGUCGCCUGUCCGCUCUCCCUCCCGUUGCCUUCGCGCUCUCCCUCCCGUCGCCUGUCCGCUCUCUCUCUCGUCGCCUGUCCGCUCCCCCCGCCCUCGCCUUCGUGCUCUCUCUCCCGUCGCCUUCGCGCUCUCCCUCCCGUCGGCUUCGCGCCCUCCCUCCCGUCUCCUUCGCGCGCUCUCUCCCGUUGCCUGUCCGCCCUCCCUCCCUUCGCCUUCGCGCUCUCUCUCCCGUCGCCUGUCCGCUCCCCCUCCCCUCGCCUUCGUGCUCUCCCUCCCGUCGCCUUCGCGCUCUCCCUCCCGUCGGCGCCCUCCCUCCCGUCUCCUUCGCGCUCUCCCUCCCGUUGCCUGUCCGCCCUCCCUACCUUCGCCUUCGCGCUCUCUCUCCCGUCGCCUGUUCCGUUGUGAAAUUUGUGAUGUGUUGUGCUCGAUGCGGAUUUGGAUGGGUGGGAGAAGUGGAAAUGUCAUAG